AUGCGCGAGUGUAUCAGUAUCCACGUUGGUCAAGCUGGCGUUCAAGUAGGAAAUGCUUGUUGGGAGCUGUACUGCCUGGAGCACGGUAUCCAGCCGGACGGACAGAUGCCAAGCGACAAGACCGUUGGAGGAGGAGACGAUUCCUACAACACGUUCUUCAGCGAGACCGGGGCUGGCAAGCACGUUCCACGAGCCAUCUACAUUGAUUUGGAGCCCACCGUGGUGGAUGAAGUCCGCACAGGCACAUACCGUCAACUCUUUCACCCUGAGCAGUUGAUCACCGGGAAAGAGGAUGCUGCUAACAACUAUGCCCGAGGCCACUACACCAUCGGCAAAGAACUGAUCGACCUAGUCCUGGACCGGAGCCGAAAGCUAGCCGACCAGUGCACGGGGCUCCAAGGCUUCCUCAUCUUCCACAGCUUUGGAGGAGGCACUGGCUCCGGAUUCGCCUCCCUCCUCAUGGAACGGCUGUCCGUCGACUACGGAAAGAAAUCCAAACUGGAGUUUGCCAUAUAUCCGGCACCGCAGGUUUCUACUGCUGUUGUGGAGCCAUAUAAUUCGAUUUUGACCACUCAUACAACUCUGGAACAUUCAGAUUGCGCCUUUAUGGUGGACAAUGAAGCAAUUUACGACAUCAGCCGACGUAAUCUGGACAUCGAGCGCCCCACAUACACCAAUUUGAACCGCAUAAUCGGUCAGAUUGUUUCCUCGAUCACGGCAUCCUUGAGAUUUGACGGCGCCUUGAACGUAGACUUGACUGAGUUCCAAACCAACUUGGUCCCGUACCCGAGGAUUCAUUUUCCAUUGGUAACCUAUGCUCCAGUCAUCUCAGCUGAGAAGGCUUAUCAUGAGCAACUGACAGUUGCAGAGAUCACCAACGCCUGCUUUGAACCUGCCAACCAGAUGGUCAAGUGUGAUCCUCGUCACGGCAAGUACAUGGCCUGCUGUCUUUUGUACAGGGGAGACGUGGUGCCGAAAGAUGUAAACGCAGCCAUCGCAGCUAUUAAGAGUAGAAGGACCAUCCAGUUUGUCGACUGGUGCCCAACGGGAUUCAAGGUAGGAAUAAACUAUCAGCCACCUACUGUAGUGCCAGGUGGCGACUUGGCAAAAGUUCAGCGCGCCGUCUGCAUGCUCGCCAACACGACCGCUAUUGCCGAGGCCUGGUCCAGGCUGGAUCACAAAUUCGAUCUGAUGUACGCAAAGAGGGCUUUUGUGCACUGGUAUGUAGGAGAAGGCAUGGAGGAAGGGGAGUUUUCUGAAGCUCGAGAGGACUUGGCAGCAUUGGAAAAGGAUUACGAAGAAGUGGGACUGGAUUCCACCGAAGGUGCAGAAGAAGGGGAGGAAGAUGAGUACUAA